AGCAGAAAAAAGACAGAGAAAACUUGGAUCCUUCAGAAGACUAAAGAUAUAUUCUGAGUGAUGUUAGACAUUUCUCAUUACUUAUCUCUUGAUUUCAGAUGAAUUAUACAUUAAGUAUUAUUUUAUUAAGGAAAAUUGACCAUGCUUCAGAGAGUAUAUAAGCAACACAAUUUGAACAGCAUUUUUUUUUCCUUUCCUUCAGGUGAGGUCAAAAUGGAAUGUGGUGGAUGUGAGAAGCGAAAAAAUGAAUAUGAUCAGGGUAAAGUAUAUGAAACUCCCAAAUGAAAGAAAAUAUUUUGUUGCAAAAAAUGAAGAAUUGCUUUAUUUAAGUUUUGUGGUUUUUACUGAAGUUAAUUUCUAUAUAUAUUAUGAAAAGUAUUAUGUUUGUUAAUAUUGACUGUCACUUUUUUUCCUUUCUCAUAGGCCAGUAUCGCAUUAUCCUGAGUGUGGAACAUUCUAGAAAACUUGACAUAUCUCCUUUUAUCUAUACAUGCAUUCUCAGGUAUUGAGUAAUCCUACAGUAACAAGCAUGGAAAGUAAUCACUCCGUUCAACGUGUUUGCCGUGAGGGUUUUGUUGUUGUUUUUAAUGUGGUCUAUGUUGGCCUUGUACUUGCAAGUAUAAAGGGUCCUCUAUUUCAUCCCCUUAGUAACUCCAUGGAUUAAAGGUGUCAUCAUUCAACACAGUCUAGAACCAGAUGCCAUUAUUCAUUUGACCAGAAAAAUACAGUGGCUAUAUUGUAAAGGAAACUGUUCUGAAUCACAAAAUGGACUUCUGGAAUCUGGCAAUCAGAAUUAUUUUCUUAUCACAAACUGCAACUGGGAUUCUGGGAAAUUUUUUCCUUAUUUUCUACUAUCUAACCCUUUAUUACAGAGAAUGUACAUUAAAGCCCACAGAUUUGAUUUUAAUGAAUCUAAUGGCAGCCAAUCUGGUGAUACUUCUCGCUAUAGGUGUGCCCCAAACAAUGGCAAUAUGGGGUUUGAAGGAGUUCUUGAAUCAUUUAGAAUGUGAUCUUCUAUUAUUCAUUCAAGGAUUUGGUAGAAGUGUGUCCAUUUACACCAUCUGCCUCUUGUUUGUUUUCCAAACCGUGACCAUCAGUCCCAAGAAAUUUGGUUGGAAGUAUUAUAAAUCCAAAGCUGUCAAGCACAUUGGCAGUUGCACUUCUCUACUCUGGGUCUUGCCCAUGUUGAUUAAUUUCAUUUUGUUUCUGUACACAUUUAUCAAAAGGAAUAACACAAAUGUGACAAGAAUACGAGAUUUUGGGUACUGUUCCCUUACAGGGAGUGAUGACAUCAGUGACUUACUCUAUACAGUUUUGGUGGUAUGCCCUGAAGUCUUCUUUUCUAUGCUUACUGCCUUAGCAAGUGUCUCUAUGAUUGUCAUUCUGUACAGACACAAGAAGAGGGUUCAACACAUCCAUAGCACUCAUGGUUCCAGUCAAUAUUCCCCAGAGUCCAGAGCCACUCAAAGCAUCCUCACAGUGGUGUCUACUUUUCUGGCCUUUUGUACUCUCACCUCCAUCUUAAGAGGCUGUGUAGCUCUUUUUCAUGGUCACAGUUGGUGGCUGAUGAAUAUAAAUCAUCUCACUUCUCUGUGUUUUCCCACUUUUUCACCCUUUGUUCUUAUGAGUCAUUACUCCAUUGUAUCUAGACUCAGUUUGGUCUGCUUUAGAAAAAAAAAAUCUCAUAAUUCUCUUAUUGCCCAAUUGUUUACUCACUCUUAACCCUAAUAGGUGAAUAAAGAACAUUAAGAGAGUUGUUUCUUGUCUUUCUAAGAUUAAUGAUAUAUGGUGAAAGGGUAUUUAUUUGGAUCACCUGCCUCUUGAGUGUCUUCCAGACAAUGACAUUCAGUACAAUGAAAUCCUUUUGGAAGUGUCAUAAAGACAAACCUGCCAAGACCAUGAACUAUUCCAUUUCCCUUCUCUUGCUUGGUCUUGUACACGUGGAUCAACUUCAUUUACUUUGUACACAUUCAUCAGGAAUGUGUACAGAUUUGACAAGAACAUGAGCUUUUGGAUAGUA